AUGCAUUAAUUUGAGAAUGAAACAAAGAAAUUUUUAGAAGAAUUAAAAAAUGGAUCCAGCAAUAUUCUAGUAAUUAUCAUUAUAAUUUUUAGGUAGCUAUAAGAGUUAGACCUCUAAAUUAGAAGGAAAGAAGUGUUUCAGAGUUUGAAACGAUUCGAAUACUUGAUGGAAAGAUGAUAGUGUUGAUGGAUCCAGAAUCAGAAAGAGAAGAUGAAGUAUUGACAUUAUAUAGAAUAGUUAUUAAGAAAAAAUAGGUUGAAGGAAACUAAUUUUGCAUUUGAUUUUGUUUUUGAUUAAUGGGCUCCACAAUAAAAGAUCUAUGAAAAUACAACAGAGUUUUUAUUAGAAGGAGUAUUAGAAGGAUUCAAUACAACUGUAUUUUGUUAUGGAGCAACAGGUUCUGGCAAGACAUUUACGUAUACUUUAUAUAAAUAGCAAUUAGUAUGAUAGGAACCUAAUAAGAUGUUGGUUUAAUGCCAAGAGCCUUGUAAUCACUAUUUAAUUAUUCUUAAUCAGAUCGAUUUAAAGAAACUUAAUUUAAAGUGUCAUACGUUGAAAUAUAUAAUGAGAACAUAAGAGAUUUAUUGACAUCAGAAGAUAAAAAUUUAGAAAUUAGAGAGGACAAAAAUAAUGGAAUAUAAAUAGCAGGUGUUAUUGAAAUUGAAGUUAAAACAGUUACUGAAGUAUUGUCUCUUUUAAAAGUUGGAAAUAGAAAUAGAUCCAAAGAAGCUACUGAUGCAAAUAAAGAAUCAUCUAGAUCUCAUGCUAUAUUAUAAGUUUAAGUAGAAUGCAAAGAUAAAGCAGGUGGAUUAUAGGAAUAAAUAAUUUAAAGCAAAUUUAGUUUAGUAGAUUUAGCAGGUAGUGAAAGAGCAGCAAAUACAAAUAAUAGAGGUUAAAGAAUGAUAGAGGGAGCAAAUAUUAAUAAAUCAUUAUUAGUAUUAGGAAAUUGUAUUUAAUCAUUAUCAGAAGCAAAUGAAAAAGGAAUUAAAAAUCCAUUUAUACCUUUUAGAAAUUCUAAAUUAACUAGAUUAUUAAAAGAUUCUUUAGGUGGUAAUUGUAGAACAGUUAUGAUUUCUAAUGUUACUCCAGCAGUUAUUAGUUUUGAAGAAACUUACAAUACAUUAGUAUAUGCAAAUAGAGCUAAAAACAUUAAAACUGUAGCUAAUAGAAAUGUUUUAGUUGCAUAAAAUCAUAUCAGUAAUUAUGCAUUAUUGAUUCAAAAUUUAAGAUAAGAAAAUGAAGAACUUAAAUAAUUGAUUUAAUAAUAAUAAUUAAAUACUAAUACUCCUUAAGCAAGUAUAAUAAAUAAAUCUAAUAAUUAGGAUUACCUUCAAUUAAUUAAAAAACUGUUCCAGUUCCCCCAUUAAAUUUGAAAUAAUAAGUAAAUGAAUUAGAAUCUAUGAUAAAUCAAAAUAUUUCUGAUAUUAUUGAAGCUAAAAACAAUUUAUACGAUAUUGAACAAUAAUAAAAUCAUAUUCAACAGAAUAUUGGUUUCUUAUAAUAUUAGAAAGGUCGUUCUCUAGAUAAGUUUGAUUAAAUGAAAUUAAUGGAAAAAAUUGAUAAUGCCAAAACAUAAAAAGCUAUUCUUAAAUAAAGUGAAGAUGACAUGAAAUAAUAAUUACUUGAAUAUGAUAUCAAAAAAGUUGAUAUUUAAAAAUAAGUCUAAUAAAUUCCUGAUUUAAAUUAAAAGAAUUAUUUAUAAGGAAUCAUUAAAUAAGGAGAACUUAAAAUUGUAAUUUAUUUAAUAAUAAUUUAAUAGGAAAAUAUUGAUAUUCAAAUAUAGGAAAAAAGAAGAAGAUAUUAAGAAUCUAUAUAAGAUGAAUAAGUUAGACAAUUAAGAACUUAAAUUCAUUAAUAAUAAUAAAUAAAACAUAUUUAAAGUGCAAAAUCUAAAUCUAGUUAAUAAAAUGGACCAAAAAAAGGUAUCUCUCAAUUCUAGUUUUAUAGUACCUAGUUUACCUGGAGUAGAUUCUCCUUAUUAUUAGAUUGCAGGAGGAUAAACUUAUGCUAUACAAAGGUAUUAAUAUUUGAUUUUCUUAGUAAACAUUAAAAACAAAAAUCUCAUCUUAAAUUACCACCUGUCUUAUAAAUGGCUUAAUUGUAAAAAUCUCCUAAAACUUAAAAUUCAAGUUUAAACAGUAAGAAUUCAAAUCUAAUAGAUAAUCCUUUAAAAUAUCGAAUGGCUCAAAGAUACACAACUAGAUUGAACAGACCUCCAUCAUAUCGUCCUCCAAGUUCUUCUAGAAAAUCUGCUCUUGGAAAAUAUGUUAACAGAUCAUUAGAUAUAGGGAGUGGAAGAGAAAGUGUGAAUAAAAGUUCUGGAGAUCUACAAAAUUCAGUUAGUCUUAGAAAACUAAAAAAACUUCAUUAAGAAUAUCAAUAAUAAAGAUUUGAAAGAGUUGUAAGUGGCAAAAAAAAUUAAAAGUCAAUGCCAUAUUUUGGCAGUAAGAUUCUUUUGCCAGGUAUGGUUCACAAAUCACCUUAUGUUAAAAACUUUUAGAAUAAUUAAGAGCCUAUUGAAUUAAAAAAGGAGAGAUUGAAAAUGCUGAAUAUUAAUCUUAAAGCUUAAUAUGGCGAUAAAUUUUCGCUGCAAAAUUGA